AAUUUGAACUGUCACUGAGAUGUUUAGCUGUACAUAGUUAUAGCCUCGGGGUAACAAGUACAGAGUAACAUACAAGUCUUCUCAUACCUUCGCAAAUUUUGCUGUUGUUGAUAUUACUCAGUUUGAAAGAAAACCAGCGAAGACGACGGAUGUUGAUAGCGGAAGGAACUCUUUAGUUUCAAAGGUCAGUUUAGUGAUUGUGGGCCUAACUCACGUGACCCAGUAUUUUGACAGGACUGAGGACAGACGAAAAUCAAUGAGAAAAAUGAAAUUGUAUGUAUUAUUGUAGAAAUAGUAUAAAAUGUCUAAAAUGGUGUCACCAGCGUCCUUAACCAAACCAACACGUAAACAGAUAGCAACCAGCGCAGCAGCAUGUGUCGUGUUGGCAUACGGCGCGAAGAAACUCUGGCCUCUGCUAUGGAAGAUAAUAAAGACAAGGAAAACAAGAAAACUGGAAACAGUAUUGAAGUUAGAGAGAGAUACUUCUACAAAAAGGAAAUCAGGUGCCUCUCAUAAUGUUGAUCGCAUAUUUUACCACCAACUACGCUAUUUAUUAAAAAUAAUCAUUCCUUCUGUGUGGUCGAGAGAAUUCGGAAUUUUGGUACUUCACACGGGAACCUUGUUUGCCAGAACUUUUCUAUCAAUUUAUGUUGCAACAUUGGAUGGUCGUAUUGUACAGACUAUUGUAAAGCGAGAUUUGAGAAGUUUUCUUCUUAGAUUAGGACAGUGGCUGUUAAUUGCUAUACCCGCAACAUUUAUCAAUAGUCUUAUUCGAUUCCUUGAAAGCAAACUCGGUCUGUUGCUGAGAACUCGUCUAGUCAAUCAUGCCUACAAACUGUACUUCUCCAAUCAGACAUACUACCGUGUCAGCAAUCUGGACAGCAGACUAGCCAAUGCUGACCAGUGUUUGACAGAUGACAUCAGUAUGUUUACACAGUCGUUGGCCCACCUGUAUUCACACUUAACAAAACCCAUGCUGGAUGUAGCCCUUAUAUCAUUUACACUAUAUUCAUUUGCCAGUAGUAGAGGUGCUAGUUCAAAAUGGCCAACUAUCAUUGCCACCGUUGUAACAUUUGUCACAGCACAAAUCCUUAAGGCUGUUUCUCCAAAAUUUGGAAACCUCGUAGCAGAAGAGGCAAAUAGGAAAGGGUACCUGAGAUAUAUUCACUCAAGAAUAAUAGCAAAUGCAGAAGAAAUAGCAUUCUAUGGAGGACACAAGGUUGAGCAAAAUUUGCUUGGGAAAGCCUACAGAGCUCUUGUUCAACAAACAGACUUGAUUUUUACAAAGAAGUUAUGGUACAUUAUGUUGGAACAGUUUCUGAUGAAGUAUGGCUGGAGUGCCAGUGGACUGAUCAUGGUGGCCAUCCCUAUCAUGUCUGCACGGGGUGGUGGCAUCAGAGCUGAUGGAUCAUCUGUGGAUGAUGAUCCAGAUGGAGGAGUGAGUGAAAGAACUAAAGCCUUUACCACAGCCAGAAAUUUGUUGAUAAACUCUGCUGAUGCCAUAGAACGUAUGAUGUCUUCAUACAAAGAGAUCACUGAGCUGGCAGGUUACACAGCCAGAGUGACAGAAAUGUUUGAGGUGUUUGAAGAUUGUAAAUCAGGAAAGUAUGAAAGAAGCAUGGUGACCAAAACUAUACCUGGGAAGACUAAACAUGUAAAGAUUGCAGGACCAAUGGAAAUAAUGGGAGAUGUGAUGGACACUGAUGCCACAAUAGACAUAGAGGAGCUACCCAUUAUCACACCUAAUGGAGAUGUCAUUGUUUCUACUCUUUCACUGAAGAUUGAACCAAGCAUGCAUCUACUGAUUACUGGUCCAAAUGGCUGUGGCAAGUCCUCUCUGUUCCGAAUUCUCAGUGGACUGUGGCCAGCAUACAGAGGAAAACUUUACAAACCUCCACUCAGCAAAAUGUUCUACAUUCCACAGAGACCUUAUAUGUCACUGGGAACAUUCAGAGACCAGGUUAUCUAUCCGGACACUUUUGAGGAUAUGAAGGGAAAGGAAUACACAGAUACAGACUUGGAGAACAUUCUUAAGAUAGUCAACUUACAGCAGAUAGUGGAGCGAGAAGGAGGCUGGGACUCCCGAGGUGAUUGGAAAGACGUCCUAUCAGGAGGGGAGAAGCAACGAAUGGGAAUGGCCCGCAUCUUCUAUCACAGACCCCAGUUUGCCUUGUUGGAUGAGUGCACCAGUGCUGUGUCUAUUGAUGUGGAAAGUAAGAUUUAUCAAGCAGUGAAGGAUGCUGGGAUAUGUCUUCUGACCAUCACCCAUCGCCCAUCUCUAUGGAAGUUUCAUACUCACUUACUGCAGUUUGAUGGGGAGGGAGGAUGGAAAAUGGAGGCUCUAGACACUAACACUCGUCUGUCUCUGAAUGAAGAGAAGGGACGACUGGAGACACAGCUUGCAGGAAUGCCAGCGAUGAAAAACCGACUAAAAGAACUGUGUUCUAUCCUAGGCGAUGAUUCAGUGUUGUUGUCCAAAUCAGAAAGCAUGACCAACAUUCAGGUUACAGAGAAUGAGGACUUGUGAUCCAAAUGAACAAAUAUAAAUUCAGGAUUCAAUGAAGAUACUGUAGAUCUGGUUAUAUUGGGAAGGCUUCUGGUUUUCACCUUAUUAUAUGAGAUAAUGGCAUUAAGAAAUAAGUGUUCUUGCAGUAUGCAAAUAUCAUGAAAAUAAAGUCUCACAAAUAUAUCCAGAUCUACAAUAGUAUAGGAACAUGAUGUUUUAGUUCACUUGGUAUUUAUUGAUUUGUACUGUGUUUUGAUUUGUACUACUUAUAACUUGACCUGUCAUCUGCUACCUCUGUUGAGAAAGUUAGUCUUUGGUUAAAACCUUAUGCCCCUGUAAUCGUAGAUUUGGGGGCGUAUGUUUUUGGUUGGUUUGUCUGAAAAUACUUAACCUUGGCCAUAACUUUUGAAUGGUUAGUGUUAAGGCUUUCAUAUUUCACCUGUGUAUUUCUUGUGAUAAGACCUUUCUUUUGGUACCUGAAUUACUUUGCUUCCUCAUGGGAGCAUCAGUGUUUCAUAAACACAUAUUUAGCUUAUCGAAGCUGAAAGUUCAGGUGAGCUUUUCUAGUCACCUUUUGUCUGUCUUCUCAUUUUCAUCUUCUCCAGAACCACUAGACCAAUUUCAAUCAAACUUGGUAAAAAUCAUCUUUGGGUGAAGGGGAUUUAAGUUCCUACAAAUGAGGGGCUAUGUUCCCUUCAAAGGGGAGGUAAUCAAGAAAAGGCAAAUAUGUGAUGUCCUUGAAAAAAUUUCCUCACAAGAUCCAACUGGGCUAGAAAAGUUGAACUUUCUAUAAAAGCUUCCUGACUUACAGUAGAUUCAGGUAUAUUCGAAUCAUGACCUUCAGGGGUAGGAUGGGGACACAAUAGGGGAUCAAAGUUUUACAUGCAGAUACAUGUAUUUUGGAAAAAUCUAAUCAAGAACCACUAGGCCAAAAAAUGAAAUUUAUGUGAAAUCUUCCUGACAGAGUAGAUUCAUGUUUGUUCAGAUCUUGACACACACAGACAUCCACCCCCCACCCCAGGGUAGGUGGGGCAAUAACAGGGGAUAAAAGGUUUACAAGCAGGUAUUUAAAAUCAUCUUUUCAAGAAUGACAGGAACGUGAGUAUGCAAGCAUCCUUAGGUAGUGCAGAUUCAAGUUUGUUCAAAUUGUGGCCCUUUGAAGUAGAGUGGGAUCACAGUAGAGGAUCAGGAUUUUACAGGGGAAUGUCUUUUGAAAUCUUCAUCUCUACAACAGUCAGGGCCAUGAUUAGUCCUAUUGAUGUGCAAGUAUCUUCAAGUAGUUCAGAUUUAGAUUUGUUCAAUUCAGGAGACCCUGGGGUAGGGUGAGGCCAUUAUAGGAAAUCAACAUUUUGUAUGUAAAUACACAAGAAAUUGAUUUAAACAGAUCUUUUCAGGAGUAGAAAGGCCACACCAAUUCAUAUCCAACUGCAAAUGUUCCCAAGUAGUGUGGAUUCAAGUUUUAUUAUGCCCCCGCCACUCUAGUCAUCUUUAUCUGUCUGUCUGAAACUUUAACCUUGCUCAUAUCUUUUAAAUGGUAAGUGAUAUCUGGCUUUUAUAUUUUAUGUGUACAAUUUUUGUGCAAGACCUUUUUAUUUGGUACCAAAGUUUUUAAACUUGUAACCUUGAAGAUGGACCUACUUUUAAGAAAACCUAACCCAUUCAAGGUAUGGUUUUUAUAAUUUGCAUAUAGAUUCCUCAUUGUAAAGUCAUACAUGAUUUUUUACCUUGUGAUUUUAUCCAAAUUUCAAAACUUUAACCUUACUCAUAACUUUUGAAUUGUGAGUGAUAGGGCCUUUAUAUAUCACUUGUGACAAAACCUUUUUUCGGAACUAAAGUUUCUAACCUUGGGAAUUUGAUCUUGGAGUAUGACCUACUUUUAACCUAUCAAAGAUCUCUUGAACUACGUAAGGUAGAACUUUCAUAUUUUGUAUAUAGAUUUCUAAUACCAAGACCUUUCAUUUCAUAUCAUGAUUUGACAUUGUGACCUUGACCUUCUCUAGAACAGCAAGGUCACAUUGAAAGAAGUUACAUGCAACUCACCCUUUGGGGUAGGUUGGGCCACAAUAUGGGGUCAAAAUUUUUCAUAAGAAUAGAGAUUGAAAAAAUAUGUUUUAUGUAUCUCAGGUGAGCAAUUUGGCCUAUGGGCCUGAUGUGUUUGUAUUUUGUGAGUCUGUGUAUUAGCAGGACUAAACAACUCAUCAUGCCUGCCAAAAAGCGACAAAAUACUUGGCAGUGAUCUAAAUUUAGGUUCAGGAUUUUUUUUAAGGGUGCAAAGGUGAAGUAUGUAAUCACUCAACCUUGCUGGAGAUCAUGGUCACAGAACAUUCAUUUAAGUUGUAAUAUGCUGAAGUGUUACAGCUGGAAACUCUAUUAUGUUUGUAAGGCACUCAAAAUUACUAGUAUUGAUGCAUUUUUGGUGAUUUUUGUCACAAUCUAUAGUACAGUGGAACCCCAUUGUUAUAGUUCUCAUUUUUUCAGAAUAAAAUUAACGUAAUAUCUGGGGCAACAUGAUAAAAGUAAAAUUAAAAUGAAAACAGAAAGUAUUUUUUGUAACAGGGGGGGGGGGGGGUGUGAAUAUUUCUUUUAUCUGUCUCUUUGUUUUAAAGACUUUGGCACUUGAAUUUAUUUACAGCUUAUCUUGAAUGUCUAUAUUUGUUCAUGUCCUUACCCUCUGUUUAUCACUAGUGUAAAAUGCAUAUACAUCUUAACAAACUUGGGUAAUCUGUGUGAUCUGCAUCUGUCUCCAGCAUAUACUUUAACUUCCAUUUUUACGUAUAAAUUUCACUCAAGAACUUGUUCGUAUUCAAUGUUUGUAGAUCAAAUUGUAAAGUACAAAACACACUUUUUGUUUAUAACUAACUCUUAUUUGGCUCUAUUUUUAUGAGAUGCUAUAUAAAUGUUGGAUGUUUUGUGCUGGUGCUUAUAGAAUAAAACUUUUUAAUUUGUGAUUUACAUGCGAGAAACCCUCGCUGAUCACAUGUUAAGUUUACUAGAAAUACGAUGUUCGUUUGUGGUGUCUAUACACAACAAAGAGUAAUUCUAAGCUGUGAUAACAGGACUGAAGUUUAAAUUUUAUCUUGAUUAUGUCCGAAACCUAAGCUGUCCGUCAAAGUAAAUUUAACAGAAAGUAAUUUUAAAAGUGCAAUUAUAAACUUUAUUUAAUUGUUUAUCAAUAGCUUUGAUAUGAGGGACCCCACUAGAUCUGUCUAAGCGUGAUCAAUCCAGCAUCACUGAUUUCCUAACGGACCAGAAAAUUUACACACUGACAGUUGAGGGCAAUCAACCGGUGAAGUGAUAAUCAGCAUUGAAUAUGUAGGGGCUUAUUACUUUUUUGUCAGAAUUUUUAUAGCGUAAUACUGAAUCACAGCAUCUUGUCACAAUAUAAAAACCAUGUCUAUUUUAUAUAGGUUUGUGAAGAAAUGGUUUUGUGCUUUUUAAAAUAUUCCAACGUAUAAGCAGUCUAACAUGAUAACCAUGAAGUUAAAAAUGAGGUUCCACUGUACAGAUGUACCAGUCUAUGUACCUAUUGUGUAUAACAGGAAAUUGUGACCAGUCUCAUGAUUCAAAUUAUUGUUGUGGAAUAGUUUUAUGUGAAAUUGAUUGAAGUAUUUUUGACAAUCAGUGCAAUUAGUGUCUAUUGAACACAAAUUUUAUCAUUAAAAUCAGUCUUUGAAACAA